GUUACGUACUACUUUGAAGUACUGUAAUUUCACUUUUCAACUAUGUCUCCGAGGCCAGCAGCCGCACGAAUGCCUCGCGGAGGCCUCAUACAAAAAACUGGCUUCGAUACAGUAGUAAACGGUACGAGUAUUCACCAUGUACUAGGAAAGCCGUAUGCCGUGUGGAGUCGUACUCACUUGUUUCAUUCCGUUCACUCUUUGUAAGCGGUGUUAGUCUUUUCUGUAUCACCAGCAAGUUAGUCGAAUCUUACAUAACACUGUUAAAAAGUGAACAUGGACGAUCGAGCCGUUACUUCCGAAGAUCCGGUUAGCGAGAACAAAGAUCCCACCGUGGGUGGAGACAGCGCCGAUGCCGAUGGUAAUGCCAAUGCGAACAAAGAAGCCGAGGGCAAGGAAUCCGCAGAGAAUGAUGGGAAGGAAGAAUCGACCGAAAACGGCGGUGUCAGUAGCGCCGCGAUGAGACCAAUCUUCUUGGGAAACCUGAAACCUAACUACCAGGCAGAUGACAUCACAAGCAUAUUCCACAAACCGCUCGAUCCACCGGGAUCGGAACCGGGCGCAUUCAAGCCCAUCCCCGUCGAACGUCUUGACCAAAAACGUGGUUACUGCUUUGUGUUUUUGAAGGACGCCGAGAACGCGGCAGACAAGGACAACGCGGAGCGCUACGUUGCAGCCAUCAGUGGAAUGUAAGACUACACCAACUACGAUGCUUUCAUUUCAUCACUACCUGUUUUGAGUUCGCAUCAGUGCCGUGCACGGAGAAUCAAUCAAUCCUUUCGCUUCACCUCCGGCAUUCUCGACAUCGUCUUCGCAGGCAGAAUUUCUUGUUCCUUCACUGACCACUACGGGUGCACACAUAUCCUUCUUCCACCUUUUGCCAAUAUAUCAUCCUACCAUUCAACCUUUUCUUCCAUUGUUUCCUCGUCGGCUCUUCCAAUCAUUCAUCUCUACGGCAUCUUUCACCUCCACACGUACCGUAAUGCAAUACGAAUCUUCCUUUUCUUACCAACUUCUUCUCCUUCCUCCUCAUCAUUUGCCUCACUCUCAACCAUGUACCAUAAUACGUCUUUGAACUCCACCACCGUACUCGUACAUUGCAAUGGUUCCUUGUAAUUGUUACGAAGGGCGGUCGACAAUGUUUCGUCCGCAUUGCGUGCCGAGUGUGCCAGGGGAGACGGAAGGAUUAAACGCAAGGAGGAUGAUCGUCGUAAGAACAUCAAGCCUUCAGAUACUCUCUUUGUGGUACGUAAGCUGCAAAGCUGCAUCAUUCUGGCUGUUUUUAGCAUGAAUAUUGAUUUUGCGGACGACGUUUUCGUCAGAUGUUCACGUUGCAUGCGUGAAAUCUUUUGGCUCCGAAUUCAUCUUGCGCUCAUCAUUGCAUCGAAUUAUUCCUGGCGUUACAGGUGAAUUUCCAAGAAGAAACUACCAAGCGAGAAGAUCUGAAGAUGCUGUUUGAGCCAUUCGGGGAACUUGUGCGAAUCGAUAUGAAGCGCAACUAUGCAUUCGUGCAAUUUGGCUCCGUAGACGAAGCGACUCGGGCAAAGAGCGCCACGAACGGAGGCAGGCUCGAACAAAGUGUGCUGACCGUUGAGUACGUGGCCCGCCAACGCAACCGCAACGAUGACAAUGGCGGUAGAAGAGGACGCAACCGAAGGGACGACCGUGGCGGUGGCAGAUACCGCGACGAUCGUUAUCGCGACGACCGCCGAGGACGCAGAGAUGAUUUUCGCAUGGGAGAUCGGGGCGGCAGUUCGAUGGACUAUGACGACCGCGGACGUGGACGAGAUGACUUUCGUGGUGGACGAGACGAUUUUCGCGGCGGACGCGAUCGAUCGCCCUACAGGGGAGGCUCUCCGGGGCGCGGCGGUGACUAUCGCCGCCGCAGUCGUUCUCGAAGCCGAUCGCCACCACGCGGUGACUACCGCCGAGACGACAGAGGAGGCGGUUACUCCAGAAGCCCUCCUCGCGGGCGCUAUGAUGAUCGCGAUCGUGGUCGCAAUGAUGAUUAUAGAGACGGAGGACGGGGCGGUGGCCGAUACGACGAUGACCAGCGCGGUCGUUCCCCAGAAAUGUACCGCGGAAACGAUCGCGGAAGAGACGAUCGCGGAUAUCGUUAUUAGAGGACUGGUUUCGAAUCAUUCAAGACCCACUCGGGGUAGAAUGUCGUCUUGGUAUUUAUGAGAUAGGACUAUUWCUCUAAAGACA